UGAUGUAACCCUUCAAAAUCGAUUCUGACCCUUUUUCGAUAUCAAAAUUAUUGAAUUAAGUCCUUCAGUAUUUUGUACCCUUUUUCAAUGUGGAAGGCAGUCUACCAUUUACUUCUUUCCUUAACUCUCUUGUUGGUAAUUAAUCUUUGAUGAUGAUAAAGGCAUUAAGCCUAUGAGCCUUGGUCCUUGCUUGAAUUUAGCGGUCAAGUCGUUUUUGUAGGAUUUCCAUUAAAUUCACGUGAUAGGAAGUUAGUCUUGCUUUCUCAUAUGUCAUUUCCGGUUAAUUGGUUGUUUAAAUCCUAGCACAUGACAACAUGGUAAAUUCAAAAUAAAUGUUAUAAAGUCGUGUUUUUAAUAUUUGGUUUAAUAAGUAUUUCAGGUCCAAUGAGGCGAAUGUCGUCUGAAGAGGAUCAAGAAGUAUUUGAGAUAACGGAUUUCACUACUGCUUCUGACUGGGAACGGUUUAUUGCACGAAUUGAAGAAGUAUUUCAUGAAUGGAAAUUACCUCAACAUACAUCAGUUCAACCCCUGAAAAAGGGUGAGUUAACGGAUGGCACAUGGUUGGAAAAACGAGAGCAGUUGAUGUUUGCAUCAUUUCAGUUUGAAGCUGUUCAUCAUCAGCUUAAACCAAGUGAUACUGAAUAUGAUGCAUCUCUUGCUGUUGAUGAUAAUGAAGAAGGUGAACCACUCCCAUAUUGUUUGGCAGAUAUGAUGUCAAAAGAAAAUGACUUUCCUCCAAAAGCUCAUUGUCUUGUGAGAUGGUAUGGAUUACGGGAAUUUGUGGUUAUUCAUCCAGCUAAAGCAAAUGAUGCAAUCAUGACUGAAGAUCGAACCAAAAUGCUUUUGAGUUCAGUAUAUGUAGCCAUAAAUAACACUAGCUGCCAAGUUCCUGUGUUUAUACAGUUGCAACAGAUGAGGCAAAAAUAUUUUUUGGGUGUUUGUGAAGGAGGUGGUAUUAGAACUAGUUUUGACAUGGUGCAUUUACACCGCGCUUUUUCUCAGUACAGCCAUCUCUCUGGCCUUUUAUUCCUCUUCAAAUCAAAGCUAGCUUCUUCAACCUUAGACGUUCCUCCUGUGGCUGUUUCAAUUCGUUUUACUUAUGUUUUACAUGACUGGUCUCCUUGUAGCUGGCCCCAGCCACCGCCUGAAAUUGAUGAACUUGGUGAAGAUAUAACUCCAACCGAUAUAGGUCGUCUUCCAUGUGGAGCUCUAGAAGAUCCUGUGCUGGAAUUCCAUUUAUCAGUUACUUGGCCAUACUUGUUUGAAGAUGCUGUAGUGGAUAAUGAUGUGCAUUCUGAUUUGAAUCCUGUUUUAUCUCCUAAAUGGUCAAUGCGUAUGAGAACUUCUGAAAAACCUAGUUGUUCUAUGACUGAUUAUUUGAAGGAAUUUGUUAUGCUGUGUCAGGGUUAUGAUGCAGAUAAUCAGUUAUUGGGCAAUGUUCCACCAGAGGAGGAUGAAAAUGAAAAUCAACAUAUUACUCAAGCAUUAGAUAAACUUGCACAACCAGCACCUCUUCCCAGCCUUUCUUCAAUUUUACCGCAUCCAAGAGCAAGACAACAUUCAGAUUAUGAGGAACAGCUGAUGAUAAGUGAGGAAGUAUUGAUUAAAAUUCUGCAGUUUAUUUUCCCUGAUUCUGCUCCUACUCCUGUUGAACCAGAGUGUGAUGACUGGAGAGAUACUGUGAAUUCAAUGAAUGAUUUGCAAGAUAAUACUCCUCUAGCAAAAAUACAGGAGCAUAUUAGCUCUUUUAAAAGUGCUCCUGUUGACAGUUUAACAUGGAGACUUGCAUUAGCUAUGUGUCAAGUUAAUCAUAGCUAUGGUGGCUUACCAGCUGUAGCACAACUGUGGCAGGACUUUCUUUUAGAAAUGCGUCAUCGCUGGGAAAACAACUACACCCUUCCGUGAUCUGAAGUCCCCCCUCCUCCACCUGCGAAUUUCAAACGAGAAAACGGAAAGCCUCUCCUCCUCCCGGAUGCUUAAUGGCAAACCGCACAUUGAGUUGAUCAAUGUUAACGAAUUUCGCUUACUGC